CAAAACCUCAACCUCAGAACGUUCCUGUCUCAGUCGAAACAACAACAAAAGAUCUCAACCUCUUAAUGUUGCUUGUCUCACUCGAAAUAAUUCAUCUGCAGGUGUCGAGAGUGUAAUAGAAGGAUAAGAUGGGGAGUUUGAGUUACUUGCUACAGACGCUAGGACUUCUGCUACUCUGUUAUGCCGUGGCAGCUUAUAAAGUACCACUCACGAACGCCAAGUAUAAGAACCCAAAAGAGCCACUGGGGGUCAGGAUCAAGAACCUAAUGAGCAGUAUGACACUUGAAGAGAAAAUCGGGCAGAUGAUUCAGGUGGAACGAGCCAAUGCCACAGCCGAAGUCAUUGAAAAGUACUUCAUCGGAAGUGUGUUUAGUGGGGGAGGGAGUGUGCCGAAGCCAAAUGCCAGUCCUGAAGCUUGGGUGGACAUGGUGAAUGAGAUCCAAAAGAAAGCGCUUUCGACUCGCUUAGGGAUUCCCAUAAUUUACGGGAUCGAUGCUGUUCAUGGUCACAACAACGUGUACAACGCCACCAUUUUCCCGCAUAACAUAGGCCUCGGAGUCACCAGGGACCCUGGCCUUGUGAAGAGAAUUGGUGAAGCAACUGCGCUUGAAGUUAGAGCAACAGGAAUCCAAUAUGUCUUUGCUCCAUGUAUUGCAGUGUGUAGGGACCCUAGAUGGGGAAGGUGCUAUGAGAGCUACAGUGAGGAUCACAGAAUAGUUCAACAGAUGACUGAGAUCAUACCCGGUUUGCAAGGUGACCUUCCAACCAAUCAAAAGGGUGUACCUUUCGUCGCUGGAAAGACCAAAGUCGCAGCCUGUGCUAAACACUUUGUUGGAGAUGGAGGUACAUUGAGAGGUAUGAACGCAAACAACACGGUUACUAGCUCAAAUGGUUUGUUCGGCAUUCACAUGCCGGCUUAUUAUGAUGCGGUAAACAAGGGAGUUGCAACAGUUAUGGUUUCCUACUCGUCCUUGAACGGGUUGAAAAUGCAUGCCAAUAAGAAACUUAUCACGGGUUUCCUCAAGAACAAGCUCAAGUUCAGGGGCAUUGUCAUCUCCGAUUAUCUAGGUGUUGAUCAGAUCACCACACCUCUUGGUGCUAACUAUUCACACUCGAUUAAUGCUGCUAUCACUGCUGGACUCGAUAUGAUCAUGGGUUCAUCAAACUUGACCGAGUUAAUCGACGAACUAACAAGUCAGGUGAAGCGAAAACUCAUCCCGAUGAGCAGAAUCGACGAUGCAGUGAAGAGAAUCUUGAGAGUCAAAUUCACAAUGGGGCUCUUUGAAGAUCCUAUGGCUGAUCAUAGCUUGGCCAACCAGCUUGGUAGUAAGGAACACAGAGAACUGGCAAGGGAAGCAGUAAGGAAAUCUCUGGUGCUGUUGAAGAAUGGUGAAAAUGCAGAUAAGCCAUUGCUUCCUCUGCCAAAGAAGACCAAAAAGAUCCUUGUUGCAGGAACACACGCUGAUAACUUGGGAUACCAAUGUGGAGGCUGGACAAUCACAUGGCAAGGCCUCAAUGGCAACAAUCUCACCAUUGGAACAACGAUCCUCGCGGCGGUGAAAAACACGGUGGAUCCGAAGACAACCGUCGUCUACGAUCAAAACCCCGACAGCAAUUUCGUCAAAUCCGGCGAAUUCGAUUACGGAAUCGUGGUCGUCGGAGAGAAACCGUACGCGGAAGGAUUCGGAGACAGCACGAACUUAACAAUAUCGGAACCAGGUCCGAGCGCAAUCGGAAACGUGUGCGCAUCGGUGAAAUGCGUGGUGGUGGUAGUAUCGGGGCGUCCGGUGGUGAUGCAGCCUUACAUCUCGAACAUGGACGCGCUAGUGGCGGCGUGGCUGCCGGGAACGGAAGGUCAAGGAGUGGCUGAUGUAUUGUUCGGUGAUUAUGGAUUCACCGGGAAAUUGGCUCGGACGUGGUUUAAGACAGUUGAUCAGUUGCCGAUGAACGUUGGUGACCCGCAUUACGACCCGUUGUACCCGUUUGGAUUCGGGUUAAUCACUAACCCAGUAUAAUAACGCCUU